UCCCACUCUGGUGAAGGUACCUUCUACAACACUGGCCUUGGUUCCUGCGGCAUUACCAACACCGACAGCGACCUGAUUGCUGCCAUGAACCACAUUGACAUGGCCAACGAAGGUAACCCCAACGAAAACCCCAACUGUGGUCGCAAGAUCAAGGUGAACGGUCCCAACGGCAGCGUCACUGUUGAAAUCACGGACACUUGCCCGACCUGUGCCCAGGGUGAUGUUGAUUUGAGUCCAGCUGCCUUUGGCGCGAUUGCAGAGUUCGAUGACGGCCGUGUGGAGAUCUCUUGGGACUGG